AUGGGCACGAACACGGGUAUGGUGAUUGCCGGUGUGGCAGGCGCAACGGCGCUGGUCAUUACUGCAGCGGCCGUUCCUUUCGUCGCUCCAGCACUGCGUCGCGUCUGCAUACCGUACGUUCCAGCCACAACGGAACAGCUUUCGAAUAUGAAAUUCGGCGAACAGUUAGCCAGCCACUUGACUCCUGAGUGGCGAAAACAGUACAUAGACUAUGAGCGUUUGAAAAAUCUUUUGUACGAUGACAUGAUGGAAGUUCCCGCUGACGAUGAUCGAAGAGAAGAACACAUAUCUCGCCUCGAUGAGAAAUUUUUCAAUGAGUGUGACCAAGAGUUAACCAAAAUCAAUCUUUUCUUUUCUCAAAAAAUUGCGGAAGGCCAAGGAAAGCACCAUGAAUUACAAACUGAACUCCAAGUAUUCAAAGAUGUUCUCGGGUCUCGAAGCGAACCAAGUGGUAUCCGGAGGAGAUUUGGAGGCAAAGAUCGUUUUCACAAAGAAACUACUCGUAAUGAACAACAGCUGAAGCUCGCGUUCUCCGAGUUUUAUCUGUCAUUGGUUCUUGUUCAAAACUACCAGCAACUGAACGCUACAGGUUUCCGCAAGAUAUUGAAGAAACACGACAAGUUGACCGGAAAUGAGAGAGGACUCGAUUGGCGUAUUAACAAAGUUGAGAAAUCAUCUUUCUUUCUGAACCGGGAAAUCGAGACAUUGAUCACAAAUGUGGAAACAAGUGUUAUCAAUGAUUUGGAAGGUGGAAACCGACAAGCUGGAAUGAAAAGGCUGAAGGUACCUCCACUUUCGGAAAAACAAAAACCAUUGACUACCUUUUCAUUGGGACUGUUCAUAGGUGCUAGCAUUGUUUUGCUCUUGGCAAUUCUAUUAACAUGGAUGGCUUCUCCAGCUCGACCACAAGAACCUAAGUGGGUUGCAGUUCGAUUGUUCCGAGGACCGCUGCUACUUUUCCUUUCCAUCUUUCUAUGUGGAGUCAAUAUGGCAGGAUGGGCUGCAGCAGGAGUCAAUCACGUUUUGAUUUUUGAAGUUGAUCCUCGAAACCAUUUAUCCUAUCAAACAUUGAUGCAAAUAGCUUCGUUCAUGAUUAUGCUCUGGUCGUUUGCAGUACUUGCAUAUUUAUAUGCUCACAUGUUGCGCAUUCCUCCAUUUGCUCCUCCACUUGUACUCAUGAUCAUCUGCCUCGUGUUAUUGCUCAACCCGAUUGCUAAACCAGAUUCUGUUUUUCACAGGAAUUCACGUUUCUGGUUACUGAAACACUGCUACAAAUGCUUUACAUCUCCAUUCCAUUUCGUCACAUUCACUGAUUUCUGGCUUGGAGAUCAAAUGAAUUCGUUGACAACUGCAUUUCUCGAUUUUCAAUACUUCGUAUGUUUCUAUGCCACGGAAGUUGAUUAUUCAAAUGGGUGGAUCGAGGUAAAGGGAAUAAAUUCCACGACUGGAUCAGUUCCAUGGGGAAGUGUUGAAUUAUCGAAUGGAAAGGAUCAAUGUGCAUCUGCAGCUGGAUUACGUUCUUUGAUGUCUAUUAUUCCUGCAAUGAUUCGUUUUCUGCAAUGCUUAAGGCGUUACCGUGAUACAAAACGAGUCCACCCUCAUCUUGUUAAUGCUGGAAAAUAUUCAACCACGUUCUUCGUUGUGGCCUGUGGAGCUCUGAACAAGUACUACGAAGCUAGUGAUCCGAACUCAACUUCUAUAUUCUUCUACAUCUGGAUUCUAUCAUAUAUCAUGUCAUUCACAUAUACAUUCCUAUGGGACAUUUUCAUGGACUGGGGUCUCAUUGAUCCUCGGGCACCGAAAGAAGCUAGAUUUUUGAGAGAAGAGAUGAUCUAUGGUAGCAAAUGGUAUUACUAUCUCGCCAUCGCGCAAGAUUUUGUUCUUCGUCUUGCUUGGGUCCUCAAUGUUUCACUUGGGGAAGCCUGGACUCUUGAUUCCGACUUCUUAACAACCGUCACUGCUCCAUUCGAAGUUUUCAGAAGAUUCAUUUGGAACUAUUUCCGUCUUGAAAACGAGCAUGUGAAUAACUGCGGUCAGUUCCGUGCUGUCAGAGAUAUCUCUGUCAAACCGAUUAGAAAAGGCGAUCUGGAAUCGCUGCUCUCAAAAAUGGAUCAAAUGGACGGCGUCACUCAUCGUGGACACGAUCUCAUGGAACGUGUCAAGAAACAGAAAAAAUCAGCGAAGGCUUCAAGACAGCUGCUCCGUAAGAAUCGUUUCAACAGGAUGAUUGCUGCUGCUCCCGUUCUUCAAUGUGCCAAGGAAGGAUACCGAAGCAUAGGCGUGGAACUGAAUUCAAUCCUCGUAGCUUAUUCGAAAUACCGAUCCAUAAAGGAGGGAUUGGGAAAAGAAGCUAGAUUUAUGCGAAAAAAUAUAUUCAAAACUGAUCUCAAUCCGUAUGAAACUGCAGUCAUAUUUGGAGCAGAAAGUUUAAUGGGUGAUUUAGUACCGAAACUGAGUGAGAUGCGAUCAAAUACUAAUCUUCUGGCUUGCCGAUUCCCACUUCCAGAGAACGACGCUUGGAAACUUGAACAUCAAAUCGGAGAAGGAAUCGAUGCUGUCUGGGUUUAUAAGAGAAACUGA